GACAUUUAGAUAACCUAUAAAUAUGUCAAUAACAAAAAAUUUAAUUUUUCUGUUAAAAUCACAAUCAAAUGAUGAAAAAGACGAUAAAUAUGAAAUUAUUUUACGAGAAAAUGGUUUUCAGGUGAUUCAAGUAAAAACGAUUGAUUUUAAAUACAAAAAUUUAAAUCUUCUAGAAAAUAAGUUAAAAUGCCCCAAUGAUUAUGCAGGAAUGAUAUUAUCAAGUCCACGAUGUGUUCUUGCUGUAAAAUAUGCAUGUAAAUUACCUAAUGAAUGGAAAUUGAAGGAAAAUUACGUUGUUGGAGAAGCAACAUAUGAAUUAGCCCUAAAAGAACUUGAUGUUGAAUGCGGUGGAAAAGAAACUGGAAAUGCUGAUAAUUUAUCAAUUCGGUUAUUAAAUAAUAGUGAUAAAAUUGCAAAAAGAUUUUUAUACCCCCAUGGUAAUUUAAAAAUGGAUAUUUUAAAAAACAAACUUUCAAAAAGUUCGAUUACUUUAGAAGAAGUUGAAGUUUAUGAAACAGUUACUAAUGAACAUAUUGAAGAGGAUUUUGGAAAAGUUACAGAAUCUUUAAAUGUUUUUCCUGAGUAUAUUGUUUUUUUUAGUCCUUCGGGAUUAAAGGCGAUUGAAACAAUUUUAUUUCAAUUACCAUUAAAUUCAAUGAAGUUAAUCGCAAUUGGACCAACAACCGAAUCAGCUAUGAUUAAAUUGGGAUUAACUGUUUUUGGUGUUGCUGAAAAACCGACUCCAAGUGAUGUGCUUAAAUUGUUAAAAUAAAUUGUAUAUAUAUAUA